AUGAUUAGAGUUGACCAAAAAAUUCAAGAGCAAGCCGGCUCGAAUGGGCUUGCUGCAGCCGCCUCCCAGACUUCGCGGAGAGACAUUGAGAAUGAGGAGGACGAAAGGGACAGCUGGAUUUGCAAGCAAUGUCAGAGAAAACCGAUGUAUGAAAGGGAGCGACUGGUGACAAUCAUGAAGGAAGCGCAACAGUACGAAACACAUAUGGAAUGGAGCGACAGCGAGGCAGGAGCGGUGCACCUUCCGGCAGACUUGCUUGAUAUGAAAGAGAGUGACGGAAAUCUUAUCCGACCGCAUGCGCCAUGGGGCUCAAAUCGCCCGCCGCCUGAACCAGAGUUGAACCUUCGACAACCUGAACUCACGGGUCAGUAUCAGCUCUCACAAAACCCAGUCAAGGAUGAUGGAGUGUCUGGUGGUGGAGAAGAUCCAGGACGGUCUACUACAACUUCCGAAACUAAUGCGACAACACUGAAAGCACCGGGUCAACCAAAUCAGUACGCAGACCAGGCGACAGCCACGAUAAUGGCGCCUCACCUUGAAACCACAAAGCGCAAAGCGUCAGAGGAUGCCUCCUCCUCGCGAUCCAAGAAAGCCAGGACAGAAUCACCUGAACACAAUGGCAGUGUUACCUCAGAGGCGCAAACAGAUCCUCCUAUUACUCCCACUCCCGUUGACUUUCCCGAAAAACCGGCGGUGACAGAAGAGAAGACCGGCCUGAUAGAGUUUCGCGUGGUCAACAACGACAACUCGAGGGAGCACAACAUUAUACUGACUGGGUUGAAAUGUAUCUUUCAGAAGCAACUGCCUAAGAUGCCCAAGGACUACAUUGCGCGGUUGGUUUACGACAAAACUCACCUUUCGAUUGCGAUCAUCAAGCACCCUCUCGAAGUUGUGGGAGGAAUCACAUAUCGCCCUUUCAAUGCUCGCAAAUUCGCCGAGAUUGUGUUCUGCGCCAUAUCGUCCGACCAACAGGUCAAAGGUUAUGGCGCUCACCUGAUGGCUCACUUGAAGGACUACGUUAAAGCCACAUCUCCUAUCAUGCACUUCCUCACCUAUGCAGACAACUAUGCGAUUGGCUAUUUCAAGAAGCAAGGCUUUACUAAGGAGAUCACCUUGGAGAAAUCAGUAUGGAUGGGUUACAUCAAGGAUUACGAAGGUGGCACUAUAAUGCAGUGUAGCAUGCUUCCCAAGAUCCGCUAUCUCGAGGCUCCACGUAUGCUCGUCAAACAAAAAGAGGCUGUCAUGGCCAAGAUCAGAGCCAUUAGCAAAUCUCACAUUGUUCAUCCACCUCCUACGGCUUGGAAAAACGGUAUCGUCGAGAUUGACCCCAUGGCCAUUCCUGCGAUUAAGGAAUCAGGCUGGUCUCCGAGUAUGGAUGAAUUGUCUCGACAGCCACGACAUGGUCCGAACUACAAUCAACUAUUACAUUUGCUAAAUGAUAUGCAAAACCAUACUUCAGCUUGGCCCUUUGCCCAGCCUGUGAAUCGAGAGGAAGUGCCAGAUUACUAUGAAGUCAUCAAAGAGCCGAUGGAUCUAUCCACCAUGGAAGAGAGACUGCAGGCAGAUCUAUAUCCAAGGCCGGAAGACUUUAUUAGGGAUGCCAAACUCAUCUUCGACAAUUGUCGGGCCUACAACAACGAAACCACGCCAUACGCGAAGAGUGCCAACAAGCUGGAGAAGUUCAUGUGGCAGCAAAUUAAGAACAUCCCCGAAUGGAGCCAUUUAGAAUAG